GCCACAACCACCCGUCUUUCUCACCAACUCGGUCAAAACCCCAAUUACUCUGUUUAAAUACUCAUCUUCUUUUAUCCACAAACACACAAAUCUCUCUCUCUUUCAAUUCGAUCACCAAAUCCCCCCAGAACAUCAUAAUGGGCAGAUCCCCUUGUUGUGAGAAGGAACACACCAACAAGGGUGCUUGGACCCAAGAAGAAGAUGACCGUCUCAUUAACUACAUCAAAGCUCAUGGUGAAGGCUGUUGGAGAUCUCUCCCUAAAGCUGCUGGUUUGCUUCGAUGUGGGAAGAGUUGUAGGCUUAGAUGGAUUAACUAUUUGAGGCCUGAUCUCAAGAGAGGCAAUUUUACGGAUGAGGAAGAUGAACUGAUAAUUAAUCUUCACAGUUUACUUGGUAACAAAUGGUCUCUCAUUGCUGCUCGCUUGCCUGGACGAACAGACAAUGAGAUUAAGAAUUACUGGAACACCCACAUCAAGAGAAAGCUCCACAAUCGUGGCAUAGACCCACAGACUCACAAGCCACUCAACUCCACCACCGCCACCGCCUCCACCGCCACCAUCACCACCACCAGCAGUAACAGCAACAACAAGAGCAGCAGCAACACCAAGACCACCACCAAGUUUCAGCCAGAGUCACAAAAUUCAUUGACAAGAGUAAUUCAAGUUCCUGAGAUUGUGAAUGGUACUAGUACUUCUGGUGAAGAGUCUAAUAGUAGUACUAGUGGCAUCACAACAGAGGAAGUUUACCCUGUAGAGCUAAAUCUUGACCUCUCUUUAGGCCUUCCAGUGCAACCUGCACAACAACAAGAAGUGGUGAACUUUCAGGUGUCUGGUAAUCAGAACCAAGGUGACUGCUUCUGCCACAAUUUAGGGUCUCAGGGUAAGCAGAUUUGCAGAUGUGGUGGUUCCAUGGCAGCAUCAAUCACAACUAAAUACAAUCUCUACAGAUUCUACAUGCCUUAAUAGAAUUCUUGAAGCUGUAAUUAGACUAGCUUUAGAGUCAAUGAUGUAUUGGAAAACUCAGAUUUUUUUUUAAUCCGCAGAAAGACUACUCAUGUAGAUGCAUGAAGCUUUUGCUUUUUCAGACAAAGCAGGGAUGGUUGUAAAAAUUAUUCCAAACCCAUCAACACUUUUCUUCCAAAUCAAGUUGAUUUUGUUAUUCAAAUUGUGGAUGAAGUUUGGAUAACAAGAGAAGUCCAAGAACAGAAGAUAAGGUUCUGUCCAAAUUAUCAGUACAAA